AUGGGAUCGAUGUUCAGGUCUUCCGAGCCACUGGAGCCGUCGCUGCUGGAGGAUUUGCUCGCGUCGAUGCUUUCGGAGCUACCGGAUGCCGAGGCGGAUGCCGAGGCGGAAGUAGAAGCAGAAGUAGAAGCGGAAGUAGAGGCAGAUGCAGAGGCAGAUGAGCUCAUGGAGUUACUCGCAGAUGAUGCAGCUGAAGCUGACGAAGAGGUGCUCGCGCUUACCGAAGCGCUGGGUCCUUCUGAAGAACCCAUCGAGCUUGACAUUCCAGGUGAAGGAUUCAUCGAGCCUGACGUCGACAAGAACAUCGGGCGCGACAAGUUUGUCAAGUCGUCAGCGGCACCGACGGCAGCAAAAGCGACAGUCAGCACCAAAGGGUUAAGGAACUUCAUUGAGUUGGAUUUGGAGUAA